AUGGCGCCCUCAGCAACGGUGGACCAUACCAAUGGUGGCAUCCCUCAUCAUCCAAAGACUGCUACAAAGCUUAAAGAGCCAAAUGGAGUCACUAGCCGAUCAAGUGGUGAUCCCCUAGUUCUUCCUCCCGGAACCAGCUCUGAGCAGUUUGCGGAUUUCAUCAGCCGUGCCAAGGCCAUCUGUGGUGCCGAGAACGUUUUCAUCGUCGAGACCUCGGAUCAGUUGAUUGAUGGCACCUACAAGGAGCCCAACAAAACGCAUGAUAUGCAUGCUGUUUUGGACCGAUCCUAUUUUGUCUGCUCAGCGACCAUCUCCCCUCGAAACGUGCCCGAGGUACAAGAAAUGAUGCGUCUUUGCAAUGAGUUUGAUAUCCCCGUCUGGCCGUUCUCGAUUGGAAGAAACACUGGCUAUGGAGGGGCUGCACCUCGAGUACCAGGUAGCAUUUGCCUAGAAUUGGGGAAGAACAUGAAUCGUAUCCUGGAGGUCAACACAGAAGAUGCUUAUGCAUUGGUCGAACCUGGUGUGACAUAUUUCGACCUGCAUGAGUAUCUGGAAAAGCAUAAUCUGAGGGAGAAAGUCUGGAUAGAUGUUCCUGAUUUGGGAGGUGGCUCUAUAAUUGGAAACACCAUCGAGAGAGGUGUUGGUUAUACCCCAUAUGGAGAUCAUUUCAUGAUGCACUGCGGUAUGGAAGUCGUACUUCCAAAUGGCGAACUCAUCCGUACGGGCAUGGGAGCCUUACCCGACAAAACAUCUGGCCACAGAGACGGCUUAAGGCCUGAUGAACAACCCGGUAACAAGGCCUGGCACCUGUUUAAUUAUGGUUUCGGUCCCUACAACGAUGGCAUAUUCACUCAGAGCAACCUUGGGAUUGUCGUCAAGAUGGGAAUUUGGUUAAUGCCAAACCCCGGCGGCUACCAAGCCUAUAUGAUCACGUUCCCAAGGGAUGAGGACCUCCACCAAGUAAUGGAUAUUAUACGUCCGCUCCGCAUACAAAUGGUUCUACAGAAUGUACCGACUUUGCGGUCUAUUUUAAUGGACGCUGCAGUACACGGAAAUAAGAAAAGUUUCAGCAAUUCCGAUAAACCACUGACCGAUGCUGAGUUGGACGAAAUUGCGAAGAAGCUUGACCUUGGCCGCUGGAACUUUUACGGCGCUCUUUACGGGCCAGAGCCAAUUCGUGAAGCUCUGUGGAGCAUCAUUAAGAAAGCCUUCUCUGCAGUCCCAGGGGCAAAAUUCUACUUCCCAGAGGACCGACACGAGGAAUACUCUGUCCUUCGUACCAGAGCCUUGACGCUUCAGGGUAUACCUACUUUUGAUGAACUUAGAUGGGUUGAUUGGCUUCCAAACGGUGCUCAUCUCUUCUUCUCGCCAAUUGCAAAGAUAUCCGGCGACGACGCAACUUUACAAUAUCAAGUGACAAAGAAGCGGUGCGAUGAAGCUGGGUUGGAUUUUAUUGGAGAUUUCGUCGUUGGAAUGAGAGAAAUGCACCACAUCGUCUGUAUAGUCUUCGAUCGCGAAGACCCAGAAUCCAAGAAGAAGGCCCAUUGGCUUAUUCGGACGUUGAUUGAUGACUGUGCGGCAUAUGGAUGGGGCGAGUACCGUACUCACCUUGCAGUCAUGGACCAAAUCGCAGGAACCUACAACUUCAAUGACAACGCCCAGAUGAAACUUAAUGAGCAGAUCAAGAAUGCGCUUGAUCCAAAGGGAGUUUUAGCGCCUGGCAAGAAUGGUGUCUGGCCUAGCACCUACAACAAAAAGGCUUGGGCAAUUCCCACGGAUUAG